UACGAAAAUAAAAAUCUAUCGAUCGAUCAAGCGUGUCUUAGAAUCUCAAAGUUUAGAAAACCUAAUGGAUCAUCGGGAGGCGGAGAAGCAGAUAGUGACUGUGGCCGAAGCAGCGGCAAAGAUCGAUCCUUGUCAUCUUAUGGAUCACCUCGUCAAAGCACUGAGAGAGGUUUGGCGUCCGAAGGAGCGGUUAUCGAGGUAUACCGAUUACUUCGCAGAGGCACUCUCGGGAGUAUCGUUCCCAUGGGUGAAGAUGUUCAAGGACGCUCCUUUGUCCACUCUCAUCGAUGUUCCCUUGUCUCAUAUUCCUCAAUCUGUCUACCGAACAGCACUCAACUGGCUCGAGCUGCCUCCAGUUAAACUUGAGGAUUUCUCUGCCUUUGUACUGCGUGCCUUUGAUCUGAUCCUCGUUGAUUUGGAAGCACAACAAGGAGGUGGUGACGACUCCAAAUCUCAGGUGGGAAUGUUUGUUGCGUUAGCCAUCGUUCUGCGUUCUAAACCUCAGGCUUUGACUACUGUCUUGCCCAUUCUGAGAGAGAAUCCCAAGUACCAGGGACAGGACAAGCUUCCCGUUACUGUUUGGAUGAUGGCUCAGGCCUCCCCAGGUGAUCUAUGCCUUGGCUUGUAUUCAUGGGCACAUAACUUGCUACCCCUAGUCAGCGUCAGUAGUAAGAAGCGUUGCUGUAUCCCUCAAUCUAUGGAUCUCGUCCUUCAAUUCGUUGAGGAGAUUCUGUCGCGUCCAAGGGCUCGGACCAUACUUGUAGAUGGAGCUCUUAGGGAGCGAGACCCGCUGAUUCCAGUUUCUUCAUUUGAGAUCUUGUUGCGUCUCACCUUCCCCGCUCCAUCUGCUAGAGUAAAGUCUACAGAAAGGGUUGAGGCUAUAUAUCCCUUGCUGAAGGACGUGACUCUUUCACCAUUUAUGCCAGGAGAAAGCAACGCCGUGAAGCACAUGUUCACUUUUUCCUUGAGAUCAGCCAGGAGAGGUAUUGUUACAGGAAACCCUGUUUUAGCCGAGGAAGCCACAUCGAUCGCUAUCUGGUGUUGUGUGACUGAAAGCGUUGACUGCUUUGAGCACUGGGACAUUCUCUAUAGGGAGAAUCUAGAAGCUAGUGUUGCUCUUCUUAAAAGGCUGCUAGGCCAAAGGAGGGUUUUCCUCAGGCUAUCAACAUCACCAAGCGAUUCUCUCACUGUCAAUCAAACUAUGGAGAGCUUCAGGCGUAAGAACAAAAGAGCCAUCGCUGAAGGAGGAGCCAAUUGUUCUCUUUACAGAGAAGCUGACAAGUACUGCACACUGAUCUCCAAGAGUCUCUCCCGUGGAAGUGGCGGCUUCAAAUUGACACCUAUUACUGCUGUGGUUCUAGCCGCUGCCGGAGCCGCUGCCGGAGCUGCUGCUGCACUUGUUGUAUUAGCUUAAUUAAAACAUAUUAACUUAUGAUUCCCGUAGAUGUGGUCAAUAGCUUUUACAGAGAAACUUAGAACAUCUAGAUUAUUA